GCACUACACUAGCACAGUAGGUAGCACUUACUCACUCACUCACUCCGCAAGAUAUCCGAACACGGCGACGGGCGACCUCUUACGUAAAUCUGUUCGUGGAUCCACUUUGCAUUUUUAUCGAUCGAAUUUGAAAACGAAAAAUGUUUUCUACCGUCUGCAGAGUUGGCCGUCUGGCCACGAAGGCGGUAGCCAACAAUCCUACGGCUGAAAAAGCACCAUUGGUUGCUGGAGCACUAGUGAACAAACGUGAUUAUGCUGCCAAAGCCGCAGGAAAAAGCCAAGGUAAGGUUGUAGCGGUUAUCGGAGCCGUCGUCGACGUCCAAUUCGAAGACAACUUGCCGUCCAUCCUAAAUGCCUUGGAAGUACAGAAUCGGCAGCCCAGGCUGGUUUUGGAGGUAGCGCAGCACUUGGGUGAGAAUACCGUGCGCACCAUUGCUAUGGACGGUACCGAGGGUCUGGUCCGUGGACAGCUAGUACUCGACUCAGGCUCGCCCAUUCGGAUCCCUGUCGGAGUGGAGACCCUUGGCCGCAUCAUGAAUGUCAUCGGCGAGCCCAUCGACGAGCGCGGCCCCAUCCCAACUGACAAGACGGCCGCCAUCCACGCCGAAGCGCCAGAGUUCGUGGACAUGUCUGUCCAGCAAGAGAUCUUGGUCACUGGAAUCAAGGUUGUUGACUUGCUGGCUCCCUACGCCAAGGGAGGUAAGAUUGGGUUGUUCGGCGGUGCUGGAGUCGGCAAGACUGUAUUGAUUAUGGAGCUGAUCAACAAUGUCGCCAAGGCCCAUGGUGGUUACUCAGUGUUUGCAGGAGUAGGAGAGCGCACACGCGAGGGCAAUGACUUGUACCAUGAAAUGAUUGAGUCUGGUGUCAUCUCUCUGAAAGACAAAACCUCAAAGGUAGCUCUUGUGUAUGGUCAGAUGAACGAGCCCCCCGGCGCCCGUGCCCGUGUUGCAUUGACUGGAUUGACCGUUGCUGAAUAUUUCCGUGACCAGGAAGGACAAGAUGUGCUGCUUUUCAUUGACAACAUCUUCCGUUUCACCCAGGCUGGUUCAGAGGUGUCUGCUCUGUUGGGUCGUAUCCCCUCUGCUGUAGGUUACCAACCCACCCUAGCUACUGACAUGGGUACCAUGCAGGAGAGAAUCACCACCACCAAGAAGGGCUCUAUCACCUCCGUGCAGGCUAUUUAUGUGCCAGCUGAUGACUUGACUGACCCUGCUCCUGCCACCACCUUCGCUCACUUGGACGCCACCACUGUAUUGUCCCGUGCCAUUGCCGAGUUGGGCAUCUACCCCGCAGUGGACCCUCUUGAUUCCACAUCUCGUAUCAUGGACCCCAAUAUCAUUGGCGCCGAGCACUAUAACAUUGCCCGUGGCGUACAAAAGAUCCUACAGGACUACAAGUCUCUUCAGGAUAUCAUUGCCAUCCUGGGUAUGGAUGAGUUGUCUGAGGAAGACAAGCUGACCGUAGCACGUGCCCGCAAGAUCCAGAGGUUCCUGUCCCAGCCUUUCCAGGUGGCUGAGGUGUUCACCGGACAUGCCGGCAAGCUGGUGCCCCUAGACCAGACCAUCAAGGGCUUCUCUCAGAUUUUGGGAGGCGAGUAUGAUCAUCUGCCUGAGGUUGCAUUCUACAUGGUUGGACCUAUUGAAGAAGUUGUUGCUAAGGCUGAAUCAUUAGCUAAGAGUUCAUCAUAAUUUUUAAAUUUGUUGUAGAUAUUUAGAGGGGAACCCAGUAAUUUAUUCUUUGUGUACUGCCACAAUUUAGCAGUGCCAAGUGGUAGCAAAAUCACAGAUAAAUCAUGUUAUGAACAAGCAUAAUCUAUGAUAUUGUGGUUAUUACUAAGUUAUAUUAUUAUGUAAUAAAAAUUAUGUAAUAAACUGUUAUAAGUAUGUUAUUUAA